GACAUGUAGUGGAGGGACACUACAUUCCCAUCCAGGAUCAGCAGCGACACCCCAAAAUGGCCGCCAAACCACAAACUACAUUCCCCACAAUGCCUCACCACUCUGACAGGUGCAGGUGUUUAAGCCACCUGAUUGAGAGAGGACAAAGAACCCUGAGGUGGAGCAGAACAGGGGGGGAGAGAGAGCAGGAGGACAGAGAGCAGCCGGCUGGAAGGAGUUGGGCAGCCAGGCCGGGAGGAAACCACAGAACAAAGGAAACUGUUGCAAAGCCCACCAAUACAGGAAAGUGGACACUUUAAGUUGGAUUGUUGUGACAAUUAGAAGAAAGAUUUGAUUACUGUUUUACCCCAUAGGGGCACUUUAUGUUGGAGUUUGGAUAUUGUUUGGAGCUACCAGCUUUACCUGAGUCACCUGUAUUACCUGGAAUAUGAGAAAUAAAUAACCACUGUGGGUUUGUAACGGACUUUGCCUUGUGUAUCCAGUUUUGUUGCACUGCCUCAUCCUAAGCCUGCCCUGGUAACCUCUCAUGACCUUACAGAUGGUGGAGAAUGCGGGCACGGAGGCUUAAGUGCGUAUGACCGGGGGUGAAGAUAUUGAAAGCCUGACUCAACUGUUUUCGGCCCUUCACACAAACGACCAUCAAACCGGGAUGGAGCAAAUGAUGCAGGUGCUGUUGGAGACUCAGAGGGCGCAGCAAGAAACCAAUGCCGCCCUAUUACAGCAACAAAUAAAGGCUAACCAACUGAAGGAACAGGAGCUUCGACAGUCAGCCAGGGUGAAGCCCAAAGCCGGGGAUUUCAUCCCUAAACUUGGAGGGACAGAUGACGUGGAGGCUUACCUCCAUGCCUUUGAAGCUACAGCCGCUCGCGAGGGGUGGCCGAAGGCACAAUGGGUUGGACUCUUGGCUCCUUUCCUCUCUGGUGAGGCCCUCAACGCCUUUCAAGAUUUAGAGGCCGACAUUGCUCAAGAUUAUGAUAUACUCAAAGAUGAGAUUUUGAGCCGACAUGGCCUUACCAAAUUUAGUAUGGCUCAACGCUAUCAUAAUUGGUCCUUCCAAAAUGGGCAAACGCCCCGUUCCCAAAUGCAUGAAUUGAUUCGAGUAACCAAAAAGUGGCUAGAACCAGACAAGAAAAGCCCCGCUGCCAUUGUAGAAACCCUGGUCAUGGACCGUUAUCUAAGAGCUCUGCCUUACGAGGCCAAAAAGAUAAUCAGUCACCAGAAAUUAACGACAGCCAUGGAAUUAGUAGAAGCCGUAGAGCAGUAUCAAGCUGCAUCAGAUAUGCUUCGCCCUUCCCGUAAAGAGCCUGUUGUCCCUGCCCAAGCUCGACCCAGUGGGCUUCGCCAAAAAUGUACUAAACCAGACACCCCUCAGUCUAGCCCGCCAAAAAGGGGGGGUAGCCAGACAGGCCAGCCAAGAGGGUCCCCGAACUCAGCGUCCCGACAGUGUUACCGGUGUGGAGAGUUGGGCCAUAUCUCAUGGCAGUGUGAGAAGCCUGAUGAGCCGAUGCCCACAGCGGAGUCCACCAGUGGCCCACAGGUCCACUUCGCUGCCUUCCUGGGAGAAAGUGAAGACCGUCGGCCGACGUGCCCGGUAACCAUUAAUCAGCGGGAUGUGGAGGCACUGCUGGAUUCUGGAAGCGCCAAGACCUUGGUUCAGGAGUCCAUGUUGGAGGACUCCUUCCCCGCCCAGGGUCAUACAGUUCCAGUGGUUUGCGUCCAUGGAGACACCCGGGAGUAUCCCACUGCCAUGGUGAAGCUAACCACAACUAAGGGCUCCUUUAAUGUCAAGGUGGGAGUAAUCAAGACCCUUCCAGUUCCAGUCUUGAUUGGUCGUGACUGUCCUGCCUUCGAUAAGCUGUGGAGGGAAGCCCAGAAGAGACGCCAGAGGGAACCCCGGAGGCGAAGGCUCCACAGCCGAAAAACGGGUAAUGCCUUGGUUAAUGUUGCCAAGUCUGGCCCUGGCACACAGGUCUUAGCAGAAGGAUUGGCAGUGGACUCUAGUGGGACGGAGGCAGCACCCGGAGAAUCGGGGGACUCCGAACACCUUCCAGGCGCCAGCGACGAGGACCUAGGGGGACCGGGAGAGCUGCCCCUGCUCAAAGGCCACAUCGCUCCACAGUUCUACGUUUAG